GGGGUGGAGGCGGAGGUUAGGCGCGCGGCGGCGGCCAGGCCACACCUCGGCGGCGUCUUCCUCGUCUACCUCCACGUCACCCCGGCGGCCGCACCGGCCGUGUCUCCGGCUGCUCUGAGGCGCUUCCUUGCUGCAGUGCUCAUCAUGGAACUCACUGGGCCAUCUUCUUCAUCGUCGUCCUCGCUGCCGGAGUGCAGUGAGCGAGCACGGUCAGGAAGUUAGCUGCAGCUGGGGCGACUGUCGGUGCUUGGAACGGCAAGCAGCGCCUGGGGAAGGGUACUGACAUUUGCCUCAUCAGCACGCUUUGCCCGCUUCUGUAUUUCCAUACCAUGAUGAUGCAGUCCAGCAGCCUUCGGCGGAUUAGGGCACUCACAGUGCGAUGAGGUGGCGAGUUGCCUGGGUGGUGCACGUAGGAGAGAGGGGGUGAAGGGCUCACAACUUUUCGCUCGGCUGAAGGAAGCGCACCCUCACGAAGGCGCGAGGAGCUCGACCUUGAGCUCGGCGGAGGCGUGGCUAGGGAGACGCACUGGACGCCAUCGUCGCCCCAGCGCACGGUCUCGGCGAGCGCGGGAACCAGCCAUUCCCAAAACGCCCUCCCGCCCAGCGCCAUAAAGUAGACCAGCGCUCCCUCCUUUCUUCUAUCCAGUUGCGGCAGCGAGUAGGCGAUUUGUUUGCCAGAUCCGUCGGACGACGGGAUUUUGUGGGUGCAUGCUUUGAUCUGUCAAUCGGAGGAUUGAGGCAGCAGCAAGGUUGAUUUGUGAGUUUGCUAUUUCAUUUCUUUGCUUCAGUUUGGCAGAUGUAGCAUUUCUUGGCAUGAUGCCCUUCCGAUUGAGAUGUAGGGUUUCAUGGAACCUAGAAGGGCUUCAGGUUUUGUGCGAUUUAUGCAAGAUCCGGAAGCACCACCCAUGUUCUCACAAGCUUCAACGCAGUACCCUUCGAUCCCAGCUCAUCCGGCCUACCACCAACCGAAUCAUCAUCAGUUUCCAGCGUUUUACAGCCAGCCACCACCAGCCGGAGCGGCCACGACGGCGGCUCCUGAAGAGGCCGGUACAAGCUCGAGGUCCCAGACACGCAAGCGCGUGAGCGCAACUCGUGAAACAACUGAUGAUCAAGGGGGAGGAUGUACUAUACCCAGGAGGAGGACCUACGGCUGGUUAGUGCGUGGUUAAACAACUCGACGGAUCCUAUUGAGGGCAAUGCUAGGAAGGGCGAGACGUAUUGGUCAAAGGUAGCGGAGGAAUACAACGAAACAACCCCCGAAGGGAGGAAGAGGGACAUGAGUCUCCUCAAGGGACACUGGCACAAGACAACUAAGAAAGUUUCUGCGUUCAAUGGGUGUUAUGUUCAGCUGAGAGAUGCAUAUGCUAGUGGGCGUAGCGACGGUCAACUAAUGGAGCAGGCCCUAGAGCUCUAUCGCAGUCGGGAAGGGACACAAUUCCAGUAUGUGCACUGGUGGAAAGCAUUUGCAGAUUCUCCCAAGUGGAAUGUGCACGUAGCCAGCGGAGGGCCCGGUCCAAGGAAACAUACUCCGGAUCUCAACCGGGCAGCGGAGCCGAUGGUGCGACCUAUGGGAAUCAAGAGGGCAAAGAAGGGCAAGGGAACAACUGCUGAAGUAGCUGUGGAGGUUAAAGAACACCUGAAGACAUUGGUGGAUGCACAAGCGACCCAAAGGGAGGAAACGGAAGGGAUCAAGGAGCUGCAACUGCAGCUAUCUGAACAGAGGGUUGAAGCGGCCAACCUCCAGCUCAAGGCUGCAAAAGAGAAGAAAGAGGCAAAGAUGAUUGAGAAACUCAGUGAGUUACUGCAUGUGGACACAUCAAACAUGAUGGAAUGGGCUAGGGAGGCUCAUGCGAAGACUGUAACCCAUCUCAUGGAAUCCAUAUGGGGGAAGGGUGAGAGUGGACCACCUGCGUAGUUACAUGUCCAGAAGUGCAACAAGUCAUUUUGUGAUCAGCCAUUCGAUUUUGGUUGUUUCAAUGCCUGCAAUGGCAGUUGAUCAGGGGCUGCAGCUUGUCUUUUGGAUGGAGUACCAUCAGGGAUUUUGGAUGUCUCUCAUUUUGACUGGUGGUGAAUGAUGGAAGGGUCGUGUAGAGCCUCGUUUCGGGAGCGAUGAUCGCUGGUCUGCCGGCAGAUGCAAGGAGGACUGCGGCUGUGUGUGCUACCUCGAGAGAAGGAAGAUGGAUGUAUUGGGCUGUGCAUUUUGGAUAUUAGUAUUUAUGUCGAUCUGUUGUGAGACUAUGGUUAAUACCUUGUUGCUUCCGGAUAUGUACACUUGUCACAAAUGUAUACCCUAGCAGUCUGUACUACAUAUUACUAAAUCGUUGGACCAUCCUGGACUGUCCAUGUACUGAACUUGAAGGCAUUAAUGUUGUGAUUGGCUGCCUCA